UGCACAGCUGUUUCAGUUUGUGUAUGACUUUUUUCUGAGCAGCAGAGAGUUAAGAUUUAUUUUAUGUUGAAAAGACUAACUUGACCAUUAAUCAUGAAUGAGGCGGAGAAACAAGCUGUUUCCUUUGCCUGUCAACGGUGCUUGCAGCCGAUAGUACUGGAUGAGCAGCUGGAGAAGAUAAGUGUGCACGCCAUGGCAGAACUUUCUCUGCCUAUAUACAGUGGCAAUGUAAACACAUUAGACCCACAGGACGCCAGCAGCUUUGACCAUUUUGUGCCCCCUUAUAGGCUGUCGGAUUCCAUUAACGGGACUGGCUUUAUGUUGGUAUCUGAUGGUCGUGAUAAUAAAAAGAUGAGUGCUGCCUUUAAAUUGAAGGCUGAACUGUUCGAUUGCCUCUCAUCGAAUUCGGAAAUCGAUCAUCCUCUUUGUGGAGAAUGCGCUGAUUCAAUGCUGGAGAUUAUGGAUCGAGAGUUGCGAAUAGCAAUGGACGAGGAGCGUAUAUAUGAAAGAUAUCUGGCUGAGUUGGAGCAACAGAAAGAUGCGCCAAACGUAGAGGCCCUAGACAAAGAGUUGGAUGAGCUUAAGAAAAGUGAGCAGCAAUUGCUGGCAGAGUUGGCACAACUCAAGAAAGAGGAGCAUCAGCUAAAUGAAGCAAUCGAACAGGAAGAACUUGAAAAACAGAAACUGCACGAGCAAGAAGAAAGCUACUGGCGCGAGUACACAAAACAUCGGCGUGAACUAAUGCUUACUGAGGACGACAAGCGUAGCCUAGAGAGUCAAAUAGUGUAUUCGAAACAACAACUGGACAAGCUGCGUAAUACAAACAUAUUUAAUAUUACCUUUCAUAUUUGGCAUGCCGGACAUUUUGGUACCAUCAAUAACUUUCGUUUGGGACGCCUGCCUUCCGUCUCUGUUGACUGGUCAGAGAUCAAUGCAGCUUGGGGACAAACUGUACUUCUUCUUUCAGCCCUCUCCAGAAAGAUUGGAUUGACCUUUGAGCGUUAUCGGGUAGUGCCCUUUGGCAAUCAUUCCUAUGUCGAGGUGUUGGGCGAGAAUCGGGAAUUGCCGCUCUAUGGCAGCGGUGGUUUCAAGUUUUUUUGGGAUACCAAGUUCGAUGCAGCCAUGGUAGCCUUUCUUGACUGUCUAACUCAAUUUCAGAAAGAGGUGGAGAAGCGCGAUACGGAAUUCCUUCUGCCUUAUAAAAUGGAGAAGGGUAAAAUCAUUGAUCCAUCCACGGGCAAUUCCUACUCUAUUAAAAUACAGUUUAAUUCGGAGGAGCAGUGGACAAAGGCCCUAAAGUUCAUGCUGACUAAUCUAAAGUGGGGUCUAGCCUGGGUCUCUUCGCAGUUUGUGACACCGCAGUGAAUUAUAUUUAUUUUUAUUUAUUAGUCGUAAUCUUAGUGCUUAAUAUUAAUUAAACGUUUCAAGUUCUAAUAGCAACAG